AAUUUUAUAUUAACUAAUGCUCAAAAAAAUAUCUUAGGCUGUGAUGUUAGGCUGAUAAUACGAAGUUUAAAGGUAUUGAUGGAACAACCGAGGAACAACAAGACCUCUCAAGAACAAGCUCGUGAAUCGCUCAUCGAAAUCUCUUACACUUCACCCGAGGAAGACGAGGUUAUAACGUACUCAGAUGUGAAACCUGUCACUAAUAUCUCAAACGGAGGUACCAAAAGAAACAAAGAUGAUGAGGAGAAGCUUAGAGAUGAGCUGAUUUCGAUAUCUUACGACGAGUCACCGUCGCCUUCACCGGAUGUGGAUGUAGCUGUUUCGCCGACCCUGCCUAACGGUACAUGUCGUGGAUAGGAAGUUUAUGUACAGCUUGAAGUCUUUACUUUCUUAUGCAAAAGACUUUGGUUUGGUCUAAAAGUGAGACCAUUGUUAUAUGUUAAACGUUUCUCCUCAAACUAUAUGAUUGAAAAUCAAUGAAGUUUCUGUUU